AUGAUGCAGAGCUCUAUGCUGGCAUUCCUUAAAGUGAAGGGCACUGAUGGUGUCACUUCCACUGAUACCACCACCGACAACACAAACAAACAGACCUCUCCACUUAAGACAUCUCCAACAAAGACCAACAACAAUGAUGGCAAUAGUAGCAGUAAUAUUGGUAUAAAGAGAAAGCAAAAUGUUGAAAAAGAAAAGGAUGAUAUAUUCGAUGAUGAAGAGGAAGAGAUGGUCAUCGAUGAUCAACCAAAGACAAGGAUGAGCAGACUCAGGAAGAUCACCCCUGCUGCAGCACCAGCCAAGGAUGAUAUAUUCGACGAUGAUGAUGAGGAAAUUGACGACAAAGAUGAUGCUGCUGAUGAGGCAGUAUCAGAGUCAGAGGAAGAAGAGGAAUACCAGGAAAAACAGAGUGUCAAGAAGCAGAGGAAAGAGAGUGGUGCUGCAGCUGCUCCCAAAAAAUCAACUGCUACUGCCACAAAGAAGAAGAGAGAGACAAAGCCAAAGAGCGCCACAAGCAAGGCAGCGGCAAAGAAGAAGGCAACAACAACAGCAGCAACAGCAGCAGCUGAUACAAACAAACAUAAUCCAUUCGCCAAUCUUUUGACAGAGUUAACGCCACACAGCGCCAACAAGGCUUCACAAGGCUCGCCAUCGAAAUCAACAUCAUCGCCAACUUCCACACCAACACCAACACAAACAUCAACAUCAUCAACAUCAACACCAUCACCAUCGCCAUCACCAAAGAAAAUGGAGACAGCACUGGCUUCAUCAUCAUCAUCACCAUCCAAGGCCAUCUUGAAGAAGGAUGACCGCGAUGACAAGGUCGAUGAUAAAGAGGAGGACGACGUUGAGGAUGCAGAGGAGGAGAUAGAGGAAGAGGAGAUAGAGGAGGAGAUUGAAGAGGAAGAAGAGGAGGAGGAAGAUGGAAAGAUCGUCAAGAAGGUUGUAACCAAGUUUAUUAGGAAGCAGGUGGUGUCCAAGCUGAAGGGCUCGGCAAAGAUGCUUGAGCAGGAGCUGUUGUCACUGUCAAAGUAUGACCCGAUUAAGGACGCCCCUUGGAAGAAGGGCCAGAGCACGCCUUACAUGGCGCUCGCCAAGACAUUUGAGCGCAUCGAAUCCACCAGUCGUCGUCUGCUCAUCAUUGAGCACUUGGCAAACCUGUUCCGCUCGGUGAUGCUACUGUCGCCACAGGACCUGGUCACUGUGAUCUACCUCUCCAUCAACAAGAUUGGACCAUCCUACGGUGGCAAGGAGUUGGGCAUUGGCGAGUCCAUCCUGAUCAAGGCCGUGUCCGAGACGACUGGCCGCACCGUCGACUCGAUCAAACAAGAGAUCAAGGACGCUGGCGACCUUGGCAUCGUGUCACAGUCCAGCCGAACCACCCAGUCCACCCUCUUUGCCUCUCCUCCUCUCACCAUCAAGAGUGUCUUCAAGACCCUGGAGGACAUUGCCAGCCUCACCGGCAACAGCUCCCAGAACAAGAAGAAGGAUCUGAUCAAGAAGAUGCUGGUGGCAUGCAAGGAGAGCGAGGCAUUGUACAUCAUUCGUUCGUUGCAGGGCAAGCUGCGCAUUGGUUUGGCUGAGGGUUCGGUCCUCACUGCUCUGUCCAGAGCCUUCACGAUCACACCACCAGGCACAUCAGGAGUGAUGGAUGUCCGCAAGACAAUGACUGCGGACGAGUUCCAAAGCUUGGUCGAUAAGAACGUGGCCAGGAUCACAAGGGCAUACAGCCAGACGCCAAACUACGACAUCCUCGUGCCACUGCUCUGCAAGGAGAAUGGCGUCGACACCAUCCUCGAGACGUGCAAGAUCAAGGUGGGCGUGCCCGUCAAGCCAAUGCUGGCGCAGCCAACCAACGGCAUCACACAGGUGCUCGACCGUUUCCAGGGUCUGGAGUUCACCUGCGAGUACAAAUACGAUGGUGAGCGUGUGCAGAUACACAGGUUUGAGGAUGGAACCAUCAAGAUAUACACUCGUAACCUUGAAGACUACACUCCCAAGUAUCCCGACAUCAUUGCCAACGUGCCCAAAUUCAUUGGCGAUGGCAUCAACUCCUUUAUCCUUGAUUGCGAGGCUGUGGCCAUGGACCCAUCCAACGGCAAGAUCCUCCCAUUCCAAGUCCUGUCAUCCAGACCACGCAAGGGAGUAACACUGGACCAGGUCAAGGUACCAGUGUGUGUGUUCGCCUUUGACCUGCUCUAUGUGAAUGGACAAAGUCUGAUCGAUGAGCAGUUGUGUCGCCGCCGUGAGGUGAUGAAUGAGAGCUUCAAGGUGACACCCAACAUCUUCCAGUACGCACAGUUUGCUAACGUGGCGGACGUCGACGAGAUACAGGCUUACGUGGAGGAGGCCGUCAAGGCAAACUGCGAGGGUCUGAUGGUCAAAGACCUUCCGUGA